UGUAUACAUAAAUACCAGUCGAAUGCCUUCGAAAGACGGGCAGCCAGUCUCAGAUGUAAUGCCAACACUUCUCGAAAGACGGCUGGCGUUGAUGUUCAACACUCGAGAGGCAAUUCAUACGAUAUUUAUAGACAAGCGAUGGAGAGACCUGGAAGUCGCGUUGGAAUCGCUGACCACAACAGCAAAUACAGCCAUUAUAUGAAUUAUAAGGAAAUACAGCAACAGAUGCAUCACUACCACCAGCAACAGCAGCAAAACGUCAAUCAUUAUUCCGAUUACGAGAUCUAUGUGCCACCCAUUGAUGGCGUUCCCGGCGAUCCCACACCCCGUCCUAUAAUGAGAGGUCAACAACAGCCACAGCAAAGGCACAUCUCCUCACCG